UGCUGUGCUCAAAACCACCUACUCUCUCAAAUUCCGCCAAGCUCCUCACCUCCCAUCCCAUUUGCCCAACACCUUACAAGUACCGACCAAGAUGCCGUUUCUCGGCGGCCUUCCCACCUCCCACCUCCCCCUCCUCCUCCACCUCAUAAUCGAAACCCCCGCCUCGCUCUCCUUCCUCUUGCGUCCCGAAUCGCAACUCCCUCUUCUAUCGUCUCACUCUUCUUCCUCCAUUCCCUCCUCCUCCAUUACAUCCGCCUCCUCAAAGAGCACAAAGCAGACCACAAAAAUCACCCCCAAAGAAGCUGUCGAAGCCCGCCUCAUCCUUUCCAACUUCGGCGGUCUUCUACUGACCGUCAACUGCCUGAUUAUCCACCUUCUGUUACGGUAUAGGGGCCCGGGCCCAGGAAAUGAGGAGCUGAUUAGGGGAGUUACCGGGUGUCUGAGUCUUUACCACGUGUUUCCGCAGUACAGAGCUUUGCGGAGGAUCGGUAUGGGUUUGGACAUCUAUAUGCCGUAUAUGGGCUUCCCUGCGCCCGCGGGGGAUGAGAAGAAGGGACUGAAAGAGGACAGGGAGGAGGAUGAGACACAAAAGACGCUUGGCGGACCGGUGGUGCAUUUUAUUGUUCAUAUGAUUGUGGGGGGGUUGAUGAGUGCUGUUGGUUUUGGACUUUUGUGAGGUGUGUGUGGUAUGUAUGGAUGGAUGGAUGUUAUCAAGGAGUUGAAUGGGUGAAGAGUGUGGGAAGAGUAUGUGCGAAGAGACCACUUGGGAGUUUGGUCAGUGGCGCAGGUUUGGUCAAGUAGUAAUGGCAUGCUUGUGCUGGUGCAACUGGAGGUGAAUAGAAAGUAGAAUC